CCCACAACACAAAACCACCACCAUCCAUCGCAAACCUUGCAAAACCACUACGGAAAAAAACACCCCUCCUUUUUUCUUUCGAGCAGAGAUUUUUGAUCACGGCUCGAUUAUCCGCCCUUCAUAUGUGAGUAUAGCCCUUUUCCUGACCGUCGUCCGCGGGGAGGAGAGAGAGCCUCUCCAUUCACCAAUAUGGGAUAUUAUUCAACUCGACUGGGAUCCCGUCAUCGACAUCAACAAAAAAAACCCCUCCAGAGCUUGCCAGCUGCCAACCACAAAUUCACCUCUUGUAUCUGACGAAGGCGGCGCACACACACGCACCUCCAUCUCCAACUUCCCCACAUCGCGCACCGCACACACACAACACACACGCGCACACACACAAGCACACACAUGCCACUUGCCCCUCCCCACGUCAACCACAUUGCGACAAGGCCGUCUUUCGCCUCCCAGAUCUUUUCCCCUUCUCACACGAAAAGCUUGGCUCAAUUCCUCCCCUCGACAAUCUCAAAUCACCUCAUCGACUUUGCCGUUAAUCUAACGACUUUCUUCCAGUUCUAAACACCACCGUUGCUACUCCUCACCAACCCAAUAUCAAUCGCAAUGGAUUUCCAGGGAUCUGCCGGCGCCCCCCAGGCUCGCACCUGCUUCACCUGCGGUGCUGCUGGUCACCAGGCCCGCGAGUGCCCUAACCGUGGCGCCGCCAAGUGCUACAACUGCGGCAACGAGGGUCACAUGAGCCGUGACUGCCCCGAGGGCCCCAAGGACACCAAGUCCUGCUACCGCUGCGGCCAGGCUGGCCACAUCAGCCGUGACUGCCCCCAGGGCGGCAACGUCGGUGGUGGUGGCCCCUCCAGCUCCGAGUGCUACAAGUGCGGUGAGGUUGGUCACAUUGCCCGCAACUGCCCCAAGGCCGGCGGUGGCUACGGUGGCGGCUACGGUGGUGGUCACUCCGGCGGUGGUGGCUACGGCGGUGCCAGCCAGAAGACCUGCUACUCUUGCGGUGGCUACGGCCACAUGUCUCGCGACUGCACCAACGGCUCCAAGUGCUACAACUGCGGCGAGAACGGCCACUUCUCCCGCGAUUGCCCUAAGGAGUCUUCCGGCGGCGAGAAGAUCUGCUACAAGUGCCAGCAGCCCGGACACGUCCAGUCCCAGUGCCCCAACAACUAAGUAUGCGAUGACUAUCGGCGAUGAGUUGUCUGCCUUUAUGGCAGAUUCGGUUUCGAGACGGUUCGACGGCUUCGAGGCCUCCGUGGCUCACUUUUGCGAUAUCAACUAGGCAUUGCGGAUGCUUUGUACAUUUCCUUUUUUCACCCCCGUCUUUUUUCGUCUUUUCUUCCUUGCUCUCAUGUUCUCACGGCAAACAACUCUGGGACUCGGCCCGCGGAAAAGUUUUACACGGACAACGGCAUAUGAAUCACGGCUUUUUCUUAACGCACCAAGAUACACCUUUCGCAUUGGGUCCGCUACAACCUCGGCAAAAUGCGGGGUUUGGUUCGGAUCGUUUGGAUGACGAUGGCACAGCAACGCAAUAGGGAGACACAAGCUUUUGCGCUUACCUCUUCUCCGGUUUUCUUCUUAUGGAAAAGAAACUGGGAGGAGGGGAGUGAGCAGGCAGAGUGGGAGGGCCUCUUUUUUGUGGGCCGGAAUAGCUUUCGACCUCUGAUAGACUUGG